AUGACGAAGGCCGACACGUACGAGUCCAUCGCUGAUUCAUAUCAGGCCGCCUACGCAACAGACCACGUGGUCCUUCACUUUCUAGAUCGCGCCUUGGGACACUUGGCCCCAGAGUCCCGUAUCUUGGAUGCCGGCUGUGGGACUGGAAACCCUGUUUCUGUAGCACUAGUUGAGGCAGGGCACCAUGUCAAGGGUAUUGACAUCUCCCCGGCCAUGCUGGACCUGUACAGGAAGAACGUUCCAACGGCCCAAUGUGAAGUGACAGACAUGUGCUCCUACCAACAUCCGACAGAGGAGCCGCUGGAUGCCGUGUUUAAUAUUCGUGCCCUAUUUGGCAAGAAGAGGAAUGAGAUCGAGCAUAUAAUACAGAACUGGGGAACAUGGGUACAAAGCGGUGGUCUGCUGUGUAUGGUUGUCAUUGCCCUCGAUGACUACAACCCCGCCAAGAUUGUGGGCGGCGUUGAUCCAGAUGGAUAUUGUGCAACAGUCAAGAGGCGGUUUAUGGGCGAAGACAGUUUGAACGCGUUGUUUUCUCGAGCCGGAUGGCGGUACCUAUUGGAAACAAACGGGUUUGACAUUGUGGAAGAAGAGACGGAGCUUUUCGUGCCACCUGAUGAGGUUGACUCCGAUGAUGCACCGCAGUUUUGUUUCAUCGCUCGGAAAAUCUGA